AUGGCGGGGGCGCCGCGCGGCCGAGGCGGCGGCGGAGGCGGAGGCGGCGGUGCAGGCGGUGGAGGCGGUGCAGGCGGUGCAGCCGAGCCUGGGGGCGCCGAGCGGGCGGCCGAGUCGGGCUGCCGGCGCGGGCUGCGGGCGUGCGACGAGGAGUUCGCGUGCCCCGAGCUGGAGGCGCUGUUCCGCGGCUACACGCUGCGGCUGGAGCAGGCGGCCACGCUGAAGGCGCUGGCCAUGCUCAGCCUGCUGGCGGGCGCGCUGGCGCUGGCCGAGCUGCUGGGCGCGCCGGGGCCCGCGCCCGGCCUGGCCAAGGGCUCGCACCCCGUGCACUGCGUGCUCUUCCUGGCGCUGCUCGUGGUCACCAACGUCCGCUCGCUGCAGGUGCCGCAGCUGCAGCAGGUCGGCCAGCUGGCGCUGUUCUUCAGCCUCACCUUCGCGCUGCUCUGCUGCCCCUUCGCGCUCGGCGGCCCCGCCGGGCUCCACGCCGGGACGGCUGCGGGGCCGGCGGCCGCGGACCAGGGCGUCUGGCAGCUCCUCCUGGUCACCUUCGUGUCCUACGCCCUGCUGCCCGUGCGCAGCCUGCUGGCCGUUGGCUUCGGGCUUGUGGUGGCCGCCUCGCACUUGCUGGUCACAGCCACCUUGGUCCCCGCCAAGCGCCCACGUCUCUGGAGGACGCUCGGCGCCAACGCCCUGCUCUUCGUGGGCGUGAACGUGUAUGGGGUGUGUGCCCGGGUGCUGGCCCAGCGCUCCCAGCGGAGGGCCUUCCUGCAGGCGCGCACCUGCAUCGAGGACCGGCUGCGGCUGGAGGACGAGAACGAGAAGCAGGAGCGGCUGCUCAUGAGCCUCCUGCCCCGGAACGUUGCCAUGGAGAUGAAGGAGGACUUCCUGAAGCCCCCUGAGAGGAUUUUCCACAAGAUUUACAUCCAGCGGCACGACAACGUGAGCAUCCUCUUCGCGGACAUCGUGGGCUUCACGAGCCUGGCCUCGCAGUGCACGGCCCAGGAGCUGGUCAAGCUGCUCAACGAGCUCUUCGGCAAGUUCGACGAGCUGGCCACGGAGAACCACUGCCGGCGCAUCAAGAUCCUGGGGGACUGCUACUACUGCGUGUGCGGCCUGACGCAGCCCAAGAGCGACCACGCCCACUGCUGCGUGGAGAUGGGCCUGGACAUGAUCGACACCAUCACGUCCGUGGCCGAGGCCACCGAGGUGGACCUGAACAUGCGCGUGGGGCUGCACACGGGCCGGGUGCUCUGCGGUGUCCUGGGCCUGCGCAAGUGGCAGUACGACGUGUGGUCCAACGACGUGACCCUGGCCAACGUCAUGGAGGCCGCGGGCCUGCCCGGGAAGGUGCACAUCACCGAGGCGACGCUGGCGUGCCUGAACGGGGACUACGAGGUGGAGCCCGGCCACGGGCAGGAGAGGAACAGCUUCCUGAAGGCGCACAACAUCAAGACCUUCUUCAUCGUGCCCUCGCACCGGCGCAAGAUAUUUCCGGGGCUGAUCCUCUCGGACAUAAAGCCGGCGAAGAGGAUGAAGUUCAAGACCGUGUGCUACCUGCUGGUGCAGCUCAUGCAGUGCCGCAAGAUGUUCAAGGCCGAGAUCCCCUUCUCCAACGUCAUGACCUGCGAGGACGACGACAAGCGCCGGGCCCUGAGAACCGCCUCGGAGAAGCUCCGGAACCGCCUGUCCUUCUGCGCCAACGCCGCCCAGGCCGCCCCCGGCACCCGCGUCAACAGGUACAUCGGCCGCCUCCUGGAAGCGCGCCAGACGGAGCUGGAGACGGCGGACCUGGGCCUGUUCACCCUCCAGUACAAGCAGGCCGAGCGGGAGCGGAAGUACCACCAGCUGCAGGACGAGUCCUUCACCAGCGCCGUGGUGCUCGCCCUGGUCCUGGCCGCCCUGUUCGGCCUCGUCUACCUUCUGAUAAUCCCGCAGAGUUUGGCCGUCCUGCUCCUGCUGGUGUUUUGCAUCUGCUUCCUGGUGGCCUGUGUCCUGUACCUGCACAUCACCCGGGUCCAGUGUCUCCCAGGCUGCCUGACCAUCCGGAUCCGCACGGCGCUGUGCGUGUGCGUCGUCGUCCUGGUCUACGCCGUGGCGCAGGGAUGCGUGGUGGGCUGCCUGCCCUGGGCCUGGAGCUCCAGUCCCAACGGGUCCCUGGUGGUCCUGUCGCCCGGAGGCCGGAGCCCAGUGCUGCCUGCGUCGCCCUGCGAGGCGGCGCCCCACGCCCUGCUCUGCGGCCUCGUGGGCACGCUCCCGCUCACCACCUUCCUGCGGGUCUCCUCCCUGCCCAAGCUGGUCCUGCUGGCUGUGCUCAGCGCGUCCCAUGUCCUGGUGCUGGAGCUCAGCGGGUGCUCGGAGGCUGCGGGGGGCGGCGCCGGCCCCGCACGCAGCUUUGAGCCGGUCCUGGCGAUCCUGUUGUUCUCGUGCACGCUGGCCCUGCACGCCCGCCAGGUGGACGUCAAACUGCGGCUGGACUACCUGUGGGCCGCACAGGCGGAGGAGGAGAGGGACGACAUGGAGCGCGUGAAGCUGGACAACCGGAGGAUCCUCUUCAACCUGCUGCCGGCCCACGUGGCCCAGCACUUCCUCAUGUCCAACCCCCGCAACAUGGACCUCUACUACCAGUCAUACUCCCAGGUGGGCGUCAUGUUCGCGUCCAUCCCCAACUUCAACGACUUCUACAUCGAGCUGGACGGCAACAACAUGGGCGUGGAGUGUCUGCGGCUGCUCAACGAGAUCAUCGCCGACUUCGACGAGCUCAUGGACAAGGACUUUUACCGGGACCUGGAGAAGAUCAAGACCAUCGGUAGCACCUACAUGGCUGCGGCAGGGCUGGCGCCCGAGGCUGGGGCCAAGGCUAAGAAGUCCGUCUCCUCCCACCUCAGCACGCUGGCGGACUUUGCCAUCGAGAUGUUCGGCGUCUUGGAUGAGAUCAACCGCCAGUCCUACAACGACUUCGUGCUCCGCGUGGGCAUCAACGUCGGCCCCGUGGUGGCUGGCGUGAUUGGGGCCCGCCGGCCGCAGUACGACAUCUGGGGGAACACCGUGAACGUGGCCAGUCGGAUGGACAGCACCGGCGUCCCCGGCAGGAUCCAGGUGACCGAGGAGGUGCAGCGGCUGCUCAGGCAGGGCGCCUACCACUUCCUGUGCCGCGGCAAGGUCAGCGUCAAGGGCAAGGGCGAGAUGCUGACCUACUUCCUGGAGGGCAGGACGGACGCCAACGGCUCGUACACCAGGCCCCUGACCUCCAAGCGGAACGUGUGUCCUUACGGGGGAGCCGGCCCCCAGACCAGACUGGCUGCGGGCCACCCCCCGGUGGCCCCCAUGCUCGGCCACCCAGUUGGAGGUGGGCCGGGGGCGCGGCAGGGCUCAGGGCUCACGGCCCGGCCCCCUGACCCACCCCCACCCCCAGGAGCAGCUGGGAAGGAGGCCUAGGGGAGCCGUGCUGGCCGCUGGGGGCACAGGGCCCACGCUCGGCGCUUCCAUCACUCCAGCAGGACCAGCCCGGUCAGCGGAGCAGGGCUGGGCCGGCCGCCAGGCUGGGGCAGGGGCCAGCCCCACCAGCGCAGACACGGGGCUGCUCCACCCUGUCCUCGUGGCAGGGGCUGGCGGGGGCUGGCUGCCCAGGCCGGGCAGGCGAGUGCAGGGCUGCAGGCUCCCAGGGGAGCAGCCCGGAGUGGCCGGGAAUGAGGCCUGGGACCAGGUCCAGAGCCGCUGGGCCCCGGACAGACGGCCUGGGGAGACCGAGGAGCCUGGGCCCGUGGCCCAGGGCGGGGGCUGCUGGCCCCCUUCAAGAAUCACUUUUUGCCAAGAGCCAGAGGCCGGUCCCCUGCGGCCACGUCCCUGCCUUGUGACCGGUGUGUCCCGGUCGCGUGGGCUGUCCCCUGGCUCCGUCCUGCUCACCGUGCCGGUGGGUCAGCGUGGCCCUCACUUUCCGGGUGGCCUCUCGGGCUCCUGCGCGUGGACUGGGGUGCGUGGCGUCGCCGACCCUGGAGACAGGUGGCACUCACGGCCCGAGGAGCUUCCUUGUCUGAAGGUGUUUCUGGGGCGGAACCAGCUGCCCGGGAUGUGGUCUCAGCCGUAGAACUGGGUCCCCUGCAGCCAGCAGGGCCAGCGAUUACUUCCAGGAAGUGGGUGGGUCUGCGGGCGUGGGGCGUGGUCCCCUACUCGGGGAGACAGGCCGUGGCCCCGGAGCUGGGCUGUGCUGUCGCAGACGGAGGGGGGGGGCACUUUGCAGAGGGAGCGGUGGGUGUGGCUGCGCAGUGGGAGGCCCACUCUCCAGGGGGCCCCUGUGACCUUGUGUUCCCGUAGAGGUCGGGGAGGUCAGCAGAGUUGUCAGGGCAGGUCACAGGUGAGUGGACGCAGGGGGUGGGAGGUGAGGAUGCCCAACCACUGGCGUUGGGGCAGCGGGGGUCACCCCCCAACCCAGCGAGUGGGGGCAGGGGCCCGGGUGAGAGCCACACACCAGACGCACCAGGAGUCCUGUGAGAGCCUCAGCUGUGCUCGCGCAGGGCGGGGCCCCGGUCCGCAGAGCACCCCCGUGCGCAGAGCUGGGAGACACGGGCAGCUGCUCCGGACCUCGAGGUCCCCGGGAGCCGCCCCUCUGCCACGGGCAAGGCCACUGCUUCCUGGGACUCGGGGUGGGAGGGGCAGCCUCACCUGCGUGGGAGGCACCUCCUUCUGGUUCGUGAUGAGACUGUCGUGUUGCCUUAUUUAUUUUUAAUCUCGUACAAUAUCCACGCACAAACGUCAGGGCCUUUGAGUGGGAUCCUCCAACACUCUGUAAAUAGUGCGCCGGGGGCUGGGGCCGCCGCCGGCCCCCCAGCACGAGGAGAGCCGCCCAGAGCGUUUCCAGCCCCGCUCAGCCGUGCCCCGCCCUCCGGGGCGGUCCCCUGCCCCCGCAUGACCCCGCAUGCCCGUGCCCGCCCUCAGCAGAGCAGAGCACGGCCCCGAACUCCCGGCCCCUCGGUGGCAUCUGCACAGCAGACCCGGCCGGCUGGGCCCGACCUGUCCGCCAGGCACCUGGUGUCGCCGGAAGCAAUAACUAACUCCAUCUAAACGCAGAGACCAGUCUGGCCUGAGCAGACGGCUGGCUCAGACAGGCUGCGUGUGUGGGUUGGCCCAGAAGGAGGGCGCUGUGGGGCGACUCCCCAGCCUCCCGGCCGCCCUGCGCACUGGCUCGGGCAGCCCCUCUGUGGGGCUGGCCGUCUGCACCGGGCUUGGGAGCCCCUGCCGGGUGGUCCCCGGGGCUGUCCCUCCGGCCAGGGUGCCCGUCUCCAUGGUAAACAGGCUGCUGUGGGCCCCGGGCGUCCCCACCCCCAUUCCCGUCCCCUCACAGAACACCGUGCCGUCCUCUCAGCCACCUCGAGGCAGCCUCCUGCUUCUGCUGCCGCUCCGGCAGGAUGAGUGGGCCAGCCCAGACUUGGGGGUCUCCCCAGGACCCGUCUCGGUUCCAUCUGCACCCCCUCCUUCUGCACCGCAAGUCCCCGCGGCCCCGAGUCACAGGUCCUGCCCGAGACACGCGUGCGUGGCUUACGAGCAGACGGGGCGGACCACAAGGUCGCCAUGGCAGCUUUGACCCUGAACACGAGCAGACCAGCGGGUUCCAAGGCAGUGACCCCCAGACACGGACUUCCCCCGUGUCCUACUGGUUCCC